UUAUCCUCUCUGCUUAUCCUCUCUCGCUUUCGGCCACCCGAUCAGUCUUUUGGACCUUGGACACGGCUCCUAAUUUCUGCUUGGCCACCGAUACCACACGAAAUGGAGCAGGCGCCGUUCCAAGCCCUGCGUGGCCAUACACAUGGGCACGGUUGCUCAUGGCCACCCAAAAUCGUCUCUACCAAUAGAGACCUCGAUCUCACUUCGUGCUUUGAGCACGCCAUCUUGCUACCUGCACCCCUCGUCAUCACCAUUCUAUUGGGUCUGGCGCAGGUGAUCAGAAUAUCCCGAAAACUCAAGAGGAGUGAGGCAGAAGGGGGCUUGACGUGGAUCAAAAGGUCCAAGCUCGGAGAAAGAAUAUGCGUGACAAAAUUGCACUUUCUCGGCGCAGCUGCUCUCUUUUCGGUCGUGUCGUUUGCUCUUUCCUUGAAAGACGUGGCUACCACACCCUUGACAUCGGUUCAUUACCUGCUAUUGUCGUUGACCUGGUUCACCCUUAUCCAUCUCACAAAUUUCAACCACCACACCUCACGCACAUCAUCCACAAUCGCCCUUCUCUUCUACCCUCUCUACGUCGCUGUCUUUCUAGUUCGUCUUCGCACGAUCAUCAUCACUGGGCAGUUGUCCUCUGGCCUCACUCAGUCUACUUCGGGUCGAGUCAUUCUCGCCCGAGAGUCUUUCUGGUUCAUCAGCAUCUUUGUCGGUCUCGGAAGCUUCCUCCUCGAGUUGCACUCUCCAGAGAAAAAGUGGCAGAAAUGGAGAGCUCCAUGGUCGAAAGAGGGCAAGAUUGCUUUACUCGAUGAAGACGAGGAUGAGGAAGCCGAUAUUGUAAACGACCUUCAAGGCGGAGGAGCUGUUUACGGCAAGAAUGUCUAUGGCGAUGUUGAAAGCCCUAUCUCAACAGCCAACAUCUUUGAAAUCCUCACCUUUUCUUGGCUUACGCCUCUUCUUUCUCUUGGCACCAAAAAGUACCUGGGUGAAGAAGACAUGUGGGCUCUUCCCCAUGAAGACUCGGCUGAAUCGCUUUCAAACCUCGUUGCCAGCUCUUGGCAAAAGGAGAUUGACGCUGUCAAGACCGGCAAGAAAGAGAAACCUUCUCUCAAGCGCGCUCUAUUCUCGGCAUACGGUUGGCCCUACGCCAUCGCCGGUCUGCUCAAGGCUAUCUACGACAUUCUCAAUUUCCUGCAACCUCAGCUUUUGAGGUUGCUUUUGGCCUUUGUCUCUAGCUACACCACGAAGCAUCCGAUGCCUCCUGUUGCGGGUUACGCCAUCAGUAUCUUGAUGUUUGUCAGCUCCAAUGUCGCGACGGGUGUCUUGCACCAAUACUUCCAGCGAUGCUUUACCACAACUAUGCGCAUUCGAGGAGGUCUCGUCACCAUGAUUUACCGAAAAUCUUUGGUUCUGAGCAACGGAGAAAAAGCUGGCAGGACCACCGGAGACAUUGUCAACCUCCAAAGUGUCGACGCCGUGCGUAUCGCCGACGUCACACAAUACGGCCACAUUGCCUGGUCCGGCCCGUUCCAGAUCCUCAUCGCCUUUGUAUCGCUGUACCAGCUUGUCGGCUGGCAAGCCUUCAUGGGUAUCGCCGUCAUGGUCGUCAGCUUGCCCCUCAACACCUGCGUCUCUCGUUUCAACAAGCGAUUCCAGCGCCAAUUGAUGAAGAUUAAGGACACGCGUACGCGUACCAUGAACGAGAUCCUAAACAACAUCAAGUCUAUCAAGCUGUAUGGCUGGGAACAGGCAUUCUCUACCAAGAUCUUUGAGAUCCGAAACGCCCAAGAACUCAAGAUGUUGCGCAAGAUUGGUCUCGCUAUGGCUGGUUCCAACUUUAUCUGGCAGAGCACACCGUUCAUGGUGGCUUUCGUCACUUUCGCGACCUUUUCCCUGACCAGCGACAAGCCUUUGACGAGCGAGAUGAUCUUCCCCGCCAUUUCUCUCUUCCAGCUCUUGUCUUUCCCCAUGGCCAUGUUUGCCAACAUUAUCAACUCGAUCAUUGAGGCGACCGUCUCUUGCAACCGUCUCGAAAGUUUCCUCGCGGCUGAAGAGCUCGACCCCAAUGCGCGCACCCUCAUUCGACCUUCCGAGGAUCCUCAAGGGGAGCCAAAGAAGGGCGACACCGUGAUCAACAUCAAGAAGGGUGACUUUAGGUGGCUUGAAGACUCUACCGAACCCAUCUUGCAGGACAUUGACCUCGAUGUCAAGAAGGGUGAAUUGCUUGCUCUCGUCGGGCGGGUGGGUGAUGGCAAGUCGUCGCUACUCGGGGCUAUCCUGGGCGAGAUGACUCGCUCAGACGGCUCCGUUACCGUCCGCGGUGAGAUUGCCUACUUUUCCCAAAACUCUUGGAUUCUCUCGGCUACCGUCAAAGACAAUAUCGUGUUUGGUCAUCGAUACGACAAGGGCUUCUAUGAGCAGGUCCUUGACGCUUGUGCCCUUAGACAAGACUUGGCAGUCUUGUCCGAAGGCGACCAGACCGAAGUCGGCGAGAAAGGUGUUUCUUUGUCUGGUGGUCAGAAGGCCCGUAUCUGCCUCGCCAGAGCUGUCUAUGCUCGUGCCGAUAUCUACCUUCUUGACGACCCUCUUGCAGCUGUGGACUCUCACGUUGGCCGACACAUCUUUGACAAGGUCAUUGGUCCCAACGGUUUGCUCGCUGGCAAAGCCCGUAUUCUCUGUACCAACGCCGUCACCUUCUUGCCCCAGGCCGACAGCCUCAUCAUGCUCAGGAAGGGUAUCGUCCUCGAGCGAGGUACCUAUGCCGAUGCUAUGAACAACUCGGCGUCAGAGCUGUACAAGCUCAUCACUGGUCUGGGCAAGCAAUCUACCAAGGAAGAAGGAUCCGGGGCUUCCACCCCUACUGUGGUCGAAGAAGCUGUCAUUGAAGAGCCUGAAGGCGUGGAAGACAGUGAGGAAGCCGAGAUCGUUACUGGCGGCGAGUCCCCCAAGCAACGCAAAGCCUUCCGUCAGCUCAGCCACUCGAUCAUGCGCCGCUCUUCUGUCGUCUCCCUCCGUACCUCCAAGCGCGAUGCUCUCCGUGACCUUCGAGAAAGCGCCAAACCCAAGGAGCAUUCCGAAAAGGGCAACGUCAAGCGCGAGGUUUACAAGCAGUACAUCAAUGCGACUUCCAAGAUCGGUCUCGUCGCGUUCCUGCUCUUUAUGGCGCUUGGACAAGGUCUUGGUGUGAUGGGCAACUUUGUCCUGCGUGACUGGGCUGCAUCCAACACUCCCAAGUCCGAGGCCGUAGACGAUGGCACACAUCACAUCAGCAAGUACCUUAUCCUGUACGGUCUCGUCGGGUUCUCCGGUGCCAUUUUCAACGUCCUGAGUUUCGCCACCUUGAAGCUUGUCUGCGCUCUCAGGGCGAGUAAGACUUUGCACGACAGGUCUUUCAGUGCUUUGAUGAGGAGUCCCCUCUCUUUCUUCGAGCUCACCCCGACUGGGCGAAUCUUGAACCUGUUCUCCAGGGACAUUUUCGUCAUUGAUGAGGUCUUGAUCAUGGCGCUUGGAGGUUUCUUCCGUACUGGUGUUUCCGUCCUGAGUGUGGUUGUCGUCAUUGCUUUCGGUGCGCCUGUGGUCUUGCUUGUGUUUGUGCCACUGGCGAUCAUUUAUCGAAUGAUCAUGAAGUACUACCUCGCCACCUCUCGAGAGCUCAAGCGUCUCGACGCCGUCUCCCGUUCUCCCAUCUUCUCCUUCUUUGGCGAGACUCUUACCGGUCUCGCCGUCAUCCGAGGAUACGGCCAGAAAGAACGUUUCAUCGCCAACAACGAGGCUCGCGUGGACCGUAACCAAGCUUGCUAUAUGCCUGCGAUGACUAUCAACCGAUGGCUCGCUGUCCGCCUCGAAGCUUUGGGUAGUUGUUUGAUGUUUUCCACCGCAUUGGUCUCUGUUGCGGCAUUGGUGAACUCGAGUGGGGUCGAUGCGGGUCUCGUUGGGUUGAUGAUGUCUUAUACUAUCUCUGUGACUGGAUCUCUGAACUGGCUUGUUCGAAGUGCUUCCGAUGUUGAGCAGAACAUUGUGUCUGUUGAGCGAGUGCUCGGAUACUCUCAAUUGCCGUCCGAGGCUCCCGACUUUAUCGAGGAUGCCAAGCCCGCCCAGGGCUGGCCAGAGCAAGGAUCUAUCGAGUUUGACCACUUUUCCAUGAAGUACCGCCCCGAACUCGACUUUUGUCUCCGUGACGUCUCUCUCAAGUUCAACGGCGGCGAGCGAAUCGGUGUCUGCGGUCGAACGGGUGCUGGAAAAUCAUCCCUCACCCUCGCCCUUUUCCGCAUCUUGGAGGCUGCCGAAGGCAGGGUUCUGAUUGAUGGCGUUGACAUUGCAAACAUUGGGCUUCACGAUUUGAGGAGCAUUGUGUCCAUCAUUCCUCAGGAUCCUCAGCUGUUUGAGGGUACUCUCAGAAACAACAUUGAUCCUACUAGCGCGUCUUCUGAUGCGGAAAUCUGGCAUGCUCUCGAGCAGGCGCAUCUCAAGGUCCACGUCAGCAAGAACAUGGGAGGCACACUCGACGCUGAGAUCUCUGAGGGCGGUAGCAAUUUGAGUGCCGGUCAGAGACAACUUGUCUGCUUUGCCCGAGCUCUUUUGCGAAAGACCAAGAUUCUCGUCUUGGAUGAAGCCACGAGCUCUAUCGACUUGGAGACCGAUGAAGCUGUCCAGCAAAUUCUCCGUGGGCCUGAUUUCAAGGGCGUGACUACCAUCACUAUUGCCCACCGAAUCAAUACCAUUAUGGACAGCGACAAGGUGCUCGUCAUGUCUGAGGGCCGAGUCGGAGAGUACGACACUCCCAAGGCGUUGAUGCAAAAGCCAGAGUCCUUGUUCUGCUCUCUCGUCACGGAAGCUGGGCUGGCGCAGGCCGUUUAGAGUCGUGUAGAAUAGAAAAACAAAAGUCAGAUUAAUGCAUGGAUAGUCUCUA